GGCAGGUUAUUUUCGUUUCCAAACAUCUCAAAUUCUCAGCAGCGCAGCAGAAGCAAAACAGUCGCCUUCCCAUCCGAGGUUCUUAAACCUCGACAAAGCCCUUGUGUAUCUGCUGGUUUUCCCGCCAAAGCUGGAACUCGUUGUCAAAUGCAUAAACUCUUUCUAUCUCAUUACCCAUACCUGUACUCCAGCUUUAAGAGCUGCUGUAAAAGCCCUAGAUUUAUUUUCCCCAUUUCACUGUUACAUAGUUCAAAACAAUCCCUAGAUCCCAAUUUGAUGCAAGAUUUUGUUUUCGAUGAAGUUGAGUCGCGUAAUUCUUCAUCAUCUGUAACCCGUAUAGCCCAGUCAUCUUCGAAAACCAAUGAACUGAUCAAUCAAGCUGAACACACUAAAAGAAAUGAAUCAACGGUCCAGAUAUCACACCCUUGGCCUGAAUGGGUAGAUUUGAUGGAAUUGUUGUUAAAGAGAGGAUAUUUCACUUCGAAUAUGAAUCCUUUUCUAAAUGGAGAAUUGGGUACCAAGGAAAUGAAUUGGAUUAGAACUGCAUGCCUCAAUUUUGCGCGGGAUCAGCUUGGACUUGUAAGGUUCUUCUCAAGGAAAGAUAUCCAUGUCAUUGCACGAUGUGGCUGCCCAAGCAUAGACAGGAAAGUUGUCAAUUCAGGGAAGCGUCUAAGAGCACAUGUAGGCAUCAAUGAAGGAAAUGUUUGCGGCUCCUGCAAGUUGAGGGGAGACUGUGAAAGGGCAUAUGUCAUGGCACGUGAAGGUGAAGGUGCACGGACAGUAGACGUCAUGCGUAUCCUAGUGACAUAUGGGUUUGAUCACCUUUCUGAUAAUUUGGAUAACAGUCCAUUUGACAACAAAAUGGUUAAAGAUUCAGUGAGAGUGCUGCUAAAAGAAAUGGUGGACUUUGGGAAACAGCAACUGGACUCUGAUCUCCCAGAUGGCACAUCCUUGAAAAGCUGUGAACCUUUGCGAACUCACUCUUCAAUGAAGCAAGGCGAUUGGCUUUGCCCCAAGUGCAACUUCCUCAACUUUUCCAGAAAUAUUAGGUGCUUGCAGUGUGAUAGUUUGUUUGAAGAUAGACUAAAACAACUACAUAAGGAUGAGCAUCAUCUUCCACUAAAAAAAGGAGACUGGAUCUGUGAAAAAUGCAAUUUCUUGAACUUUGCAAAGAAUACAAGAUGUCUGCAGUGCAAAGAGAAACCUCCAAAGCGACAUCUUAAUCCUGGGGAGUGGGAGUGUGAGUCGUGUAACUACAUCAAUUUCAGAAGAAACAUGGUGUGCUUAAAGUGUGAUCAUAGACGGCCAAAGGCAGUAAAUACUCGAAGCAAAAUAUCCACUCCACUUGAUCAUGACAGUAGAGCCUAUCCAAACCAUAGGAGAUUGAGGUUUGUUGAUGGCGGGCAUAAUGGCAAUGUUGAUAAAUCCAUGCAACUGGAUAGAAUGAAUCAAAGAAGAGGUGUAGAUAGGUUUAGAUUUGUGGAGGAAGAAAGAGAGGAUGAGCACUCAAACGUACGGACUAAAGGUUCUGGUUUUAUAGAUUUCCCAAUUGUGGGCGGUAAGAGUAGUUUGUCUCAAGAUUCACAAAAUAGAGAGAGAUGGAAGCAAGAGAUGUUAGAGAAGAGGAAAACAAGUGCUAGAAAUGGAGAAAGUGAUGAAGAAUCCAUGUGUGCCGAUACCCAAAGGAGAUUUAAGUUCCUUGAAACAACUGAUGAUGAAGAUAUGGCCGAAUGGUUUGGGCAUACAAAGUAGAAUAAGAAAGUGCAACAAAAUCCGGAAAAGUUGAAGGUAAAUUCGUUUCAUGGAUGCCAAAUUUGGCAUUUGAUUUGUUUGUAGCAUUAUUGUUGAAAUUACGUGGGCAUAGUCGUGGAUUGGGGGAAGGAUUAGCCAACACUCUAUGAUCUAAGCUUUUGUAUUCAUCAUUGGAUAGAAUCUGAAGAACAUAAACAAGGACAAAUAUUUUUGAGUAGAACAUAUUUUACCUCGAGAGAAUGUUUUACCUGUAA